UAUCAAUUUAUGUUAUUGUUUAUUUAUAAUUGUCUUGAAACAUAACAAAUAAAUUGCUGUAACUUGUGUGCUAAAUAUAAUCGGGUUUUAUUUUUUUUUAAAAGUAAUUAUGUACUUAUAGAUACUUAAUUCAAUUAUUAAUUGCACACAUUGUUUUACAUUUUUUUAGGUUUAUUAUAUGCUUGUAUGGGUGGUGUACAAUCAGUGCACACUACCGACAUUAUUUACCACCUUCCCUGUCAUCCGUUUUAUCCUUGUUAGAGAAAAAAUUUCUGUUGCAGCAUUUUCCACGUUAGCACAUGAAGCAAUGCUUCACGCUAAGACAAUGGGACUGAACACAGUUUUUACAGAUCAUUCCCUAUUUGGGUUUGCAGAUGCCAGUGCUAUAAUCACAAAUAAACUUCUCCAAAUGACUUUGAGUGUCUGUAAUCAUGUGAUAUGUGUGUCUCAUACUGGGAAGCAAAUGUUAGAGCAAAUGUUUGUCCAAAUACAAUAUUAGUUGUACCAAAUGCAGUGGAUGCAACGAUCUUCAAGCCGGAUUUCUUGCCAAAGCUAAAGUCAAGAAGUAAAGUAAUUUAUGCCAACAUCUUCACCUUAUUUUCUCUGUAAAAUUUCAUUUGUAUUCCUUUUAGCUUUUAUUUUCUCAUAUCACUUAUGUCUCAAAGUUAAAAGAUGGGCUCUCUCAUAUCUUAAUUAUAUAUAAGAGCCCGUGGCAGAAUCGUGGGGACACAGCGACAUUGUCGCAGAACACUACAGAGUUCUUGCAGAAAGAAUUUUUAUUUGGGAAGCAAACAAGUUUGAUUUUUUUUAUCUGCAGAAUUUUUGGGAAGAUUUUUUUUUCUGCAGAGCUUUUUUUCUUCCUUUUCUGCAGAAUCAUUUUCAAAAAAUGCCCUUCUCGUAUAUCAGAGAUGGUAGAAACGCUCAUGUUUUUUUUCUUUUACUUUGCUUUGAGAAUAAAAAAAAUUCCCAAUGACUGAUUGAUAUUAUUAAAAGUAAUUUCCAAAUCGAUAAAAUUUUAAAAAGUUAACUACACAAGAAAAUUUUUGUAACAGGACAAUAUCGCCAAUGAUAUCAGAAUAUCUAUUCUUUUUGAUGUAUAUCAAAAAAAAAAAAAAUUUCUUACAU